AUAAUAUAUUCGUUAAGAGGACGUCGCACCGGCAUUUUUCAGUAUUAAAAACACGCUUGCGUAGAUUCAAAAUUACUUGUUCCUGAGUGGUUUUAGAGCUAAGACACCUAUUAACAAAAUAGAACAAAACAAUAUUUUGAAGAGCAUCUCAUCGGGGUUUUAUAAAAUAUUUAGUUUAAAAAAUAAUACAGCCAUUUAAAAAAUCAAAAAUAAACGUUUUUUAUAAAUGUAAUAUCAAACAGUGUAAUUAACAUAAUGAAAAUUCCCGAUGAGAUGCCCUCCUAAAUAUUGUAAGCUUUCAUUUCGAUAAUAGGUGUUUUUACUCUAAAAUCAUUGUAGAGUGGUUGAUUUACAAUCUAAGUGUGCCAUAAACGUUCUAACUAGUUCUUAGUUUUAUGCCGUAAACAGACAAUUUACGGCCGACUAGUGCUGCUCUGUUUCUAUUACGGCAGCGUUCGAUAACGUUCGUUACCCCCCGACCCGCUACAAUUACCGCUUCGAAGUUCAAAAUAUUUUUCUUUUCUUAUCGGGACCGGGCAAUGGUUUAUAAAUAAAUACCCGGAAUAAAAUAUAAAAUAAUCGUCAACUGCAGAAAGUGAAUCGGCGAUGAAUAUUAUUUGCUCGUGGUCAUUGAAGACACGUGAACUUGUAUUCACGACUUAAUUUGUACACGAAAUAUUUUAUUUUACCGACUACCUAUCUACUAUUUUGUAAUAGUGAAAUAUUAGCAUGGGAAACAAAAAAAAUAAUGUUAAACGUGUUACCAAAAAACGCUUAACUCGUAUUCUGGUAAAUCGUCGUAAAAAUAAUGACAAUGAAAGGUAAGUUAAAUAUUAAAAUAAGUAUUAAAAUUUAUAAAUUAUAGUAGCUGGUAGGUCGUAAGUACCUACUAUUUAUUUUAAUUAAAGUUUCAAAACGAAAACAUAUUUUUGUUAUUUGUAAAGAGAAACUGCUUUAUUUAAAUUUUUAUUAAUAUUAUGGUGGUGUUGCUACAGUGAUGUUUGCUUUAGUUCACCACAAAUAGCGAGUUGUGUAGAAUUUACAGCAGAGACAAGUACACCAAAAUUGAAAUUCCAAGUACAAAACCAAUUUGAUGAACCUGAAUUAGCGUUUGUUAAACUUACGGCUACUGAAAUAAAUUCACCUUUCGAGUAAAAUUUAUAUUAAAUCAUAUUGUAGUUUUUUAUGUAUUUUAAAUGAAUAAUUGUAGGUAUUGAAAACAAUAUUUUUAUUAUGAAUAGGUGUGCUAAAAUCCAGGACGAAUUUAUUGACUCUCACGAACUGACUGUCAGUUCAGUCUCAGAAGUAGAUAAAAGCCUCAUUGAAAGAGCAGGUGAAAUAAAUGGGUGUAGGAUUGUAGACAUCGGAUAUGUUUUUAGUCAAAUACUUGAUUGUACUCACGAAGGAAUGUUUGGAUGUAAUUUUAUGAACAUGGAAUAUAUAUCGGAAUUUAGGAGAGGUUACUAUUCACAAUUUUUAUUCAAAUGUAAAAUGUGCAAUAUUAAAAAAAAAAUAUACUCUUCAAAAUUUGAUGAAAAUCUUCAAAAUCAAUGGUCAAUAAAUAAAGCUCUUGUAAAUAGUACUAUUGCAAUCGGAAUUGGCUAUACCCAACUAGCCGAAUUUUCUGCCGGUUUAGAAAUACCAUACAUGUCUGCAAACAUGUAUCAUUCAUUUCAGUCAGUUCUCCAAGAUGAUAUAAAAGGCACGGCUUGGUCAGAAAUGAAAGCGGCAGGAGAUGAAGAAAGAAAAUAUGCUAUAGAAUCUGGUUCUGUUGAUAAUGAUGGUAUACCACUUAUUACAGUUGUUGCGGACGCUCAAUGGUCCAAGAGGAGUUAUAAAACAAAAUACGACGCUUUUUCUGGAGUAGCGAGUAUAAUUGGAUACAAAACAAAAAAAAUACUUUUUGUCGGAAUCAGAAACCGGUAUUGCGUAAUUUGUGAACGUGCUUCUAAUAAAAAUAUUGAAAAACCGAUACACACAUGCUUCCUGAAUUGGAAACACGGUGCUACGAGUAUUGAAGCGGACGGAGUAGCCGAAGGUUUUAGCAAGAGUUUCGAAAUGCAUGGCGUUAAAUAUUCAAAAUUAAUUGGUGAUGGUGACAGUAGUGUCACAAAAAGGUUAAAUGAAAUACUGCCGUAUGGUCCGAGCCUAAGAGUCGAAAAAAUUGAAUGCAGAAAUCAUAUGCUUAGGAACUAUUCCCAAAAAAUGUCGGCACUCACUAAACGGACAGAAUUUCCUAUUGCGAUAAGAAAAAAAAUUGCUGAUAACCUCGUUAGGCUUAGAACUGAUGUAACAAAAGCUAUACAGUACAGAAAAUCUGAGGAAAAACCAUUACAACAAAAAAUUUUAAAUCUUAAAUACGACAUAACAAAUGCACCAAACCAUCGACUUUUUGAUUGCCAUAAAAAAUGUGCUCCCUAUUUUUGCGAAAAAUCUGCAGAUAACUCAGUUGGUAACUGCAAGUCAAAUGAAAAUGAUGGUAUUGUCAAAGAAAUUAAUAUAAUUGUUUCUCGUUUGGCUAAUAAUGCAAAAAGCCUUAUAUUGGACGUAGACAACAACAUCUGCGAACAAUUCAAUAGCGUUAUUAAUAAAUUUCUUGGUGGCAAAAGAAUAAAUUAUAAUCAAAGGAGUUCUUAUAAUACAAGGAUAUUAGCAGCCGUGGUUAGUUUUAAUUCUAGCGAGUAUUUAAGAGCUGUAAAAAAACAUAUCACUCAAACAAGUCCUGGAAAAACGGCUAAAUCAUUUUUAAGUCAAAUAAUAAAAAAACGUUCUGCUUGCCAAAAACGAAGACAACUUUCGACCAAACUUAAAUAUAAAGUAAAGCGACCAAAAGCUAGUUCCAAACCAGACGAACACUAUGGUAACGCAGACAUAUUAGACGGUAUAAGAGAAGUCGAUGAUCCAUCGUUUGUAAAAGAUAUGGAACAGUUUCUGAAGACUUUAUAUGACGUCAACCGCACCACAGUAGAAGAAACUACAAGAUAUCAAGCCGAAAGUGAAAACUGGAGGGCAGAAAGGAUGAUCCGACUCACCGCUAGUAACUUUGGUCGUGUAUGCAAAAUGCGUCGCAAUACUAGUUGCAAAAAUAUAGUGCAUUCAAUCUUAUAUCUAACAUUCAAUAGCAAGUCUGUCCAGUAUGGUAGGGAUAUGGAAGACGAGGCAAAAACAAAAUUUGAAGAAAAUUUCGGUUACAAAAUAAAAAAAUGUGGUCUUUUCAUUGAUACGCAAAUUCCAUAUUUAGCUGCUAGUCCAGAUGGAAUUAUUGGUGAUACUGCUAUCGUUGAAAUUAAAUGUCCUUAUGCUGCAAAAGACACGGAAAAUGAGAUAGAGGCUGUAUCCACUGGCAAACUGAAGUAUUGUUCCAUCAAAGAAAACAAAUUGGUAUUAAGUAAAAAUCAUAUUUACUACUACCAAAUACAAGGACAGCUGCAUAUUUCCCAAAAGGAACAAUGCUUUUUUAUUAUAUACACGACUAAUUGGAUGUCAGUCCAGAUAAUAAAAUAUGAUGAUGACUUUUGGAGUACACAAAUGGUCGAUAAAUUAAAAACGUUUUAUCUAAACUGUUUGCUGCCAGAAAUCGUGGAUCCUGUUUAUAAAUAUAGAUUCAUGAAAUCAGACAUAAGAGAGUCAAAAAUAAUUUUACAACAAAUGAAAAUCUCAAAACAACUAUUUUAAAAUAAAAUUUGAUUUAUUAUAUUAUUAUCAUACUAAUCAUAUUGUUAAAAAAAAUUAUUUUAGUCGUUUUUAUUUGUAUACGCUAGUUUUAGCCAUUUGAAAUAUUGUAAGUACGUAUGUAUUAUUAUUAUGCAUUUUUAUUAAUAAUUAUCAUAUUAAAAAUCCAUGUUUAAAAAAAGAACAUAAAAGAUGAAACACGCCAGCUGAUUAAUAUUAAUUUAAUUGCGCUGUAUUUAUUUUAUUUACCAUUUAUUAGAUUUUACUAUAAGUAUUAUAUUUAAAUAAGUAAUAAUUCAAUAACUUCAAAUCAAGCUAUGUUAUAAUACAGUUUCUACGAUCUAUAUGUUGGGACAUAAAUUUAAGUAAACAGUAUCUUAAUUUAUAAUCUGUAGUUCGUAGGUACGCGAGGGUAUUGAAAAUAUUACGGCGGCAUUUGCGUAUAAUGAAUUAUAUAAUGAUACGAAUGGUACUGGACGAACGUUCAUAGACAAAUAAACGGCGCUCCCGAAGUCCCGAACGAGCACUCGUCGCCGCCGUCGGCCGGUUGCGAAUAGUAGGCGUGACUUAAACGCCGCGCGCUUGCGGAUCGUGAAAACACCUAACAGCGCAUCCUCUCGGUCGUUGCAUGCGUACAGCUUUGGGUGACACGUCCUCUUAA